GGAUUUCCAGUUGUGAAGUUCAAAGAACACCAAACGGCAAACGCAACGUAAGAAGAAGACUGUGAGAGUGGUGUUUUGUUGCAGACUUGACGUAAGCGUCUUUUAGCCUUUCUGGGGGAUAUAUGCUUUGUUGAGAUUUGAGAACACGAAAAAAUUCUGAAUACCUCCCGGCCCGGCCCCACACAUUGAAACUGCAACCACCUAAGCCCUUUUACCCUCUACGGUUAACAGUAUACAGCCUGAAAAUUUGUCUUUUUACGGGUAUAAACUCCAGAUUGCCUCUUGUAUUCUUCCUUCUUCAACCCCGGAAUCUCGGCAGAUAAUUAGGACGCCUCUUAAAUCAUGUGUUGGUGUUAAUGGGUUUCUUUGUAUGGUGUCAGGAAAUGUUUGUGUUUGGAUUUUCUUUCACUAGUGAUUUGUAUCUAAGUUGAUGAUUGGUAUAGACUAUGGAUUUGCCUUUCUGUUGAUGAGUAAAAUGAAAUGAUUUUUUGGGUGUUUCUGUAUUCUGAGCUGUUUUGUCAAAAAUGGGCUUUUUGAAGUGAAUACCUUUCUGGCUUUCUGGUUCUGAGGUAGAAAGAUUUCACUUUUUGUGAGAAAAAAGGGAGUUGCUUUAAUUUUGAACCAUUGUAGUAGGGAUUAGGGAAAGGAGUGGUUGUUUACUUGUUUUAGCCUUUUAGGGUUGAUUUGGAUGGUGGUUUGUUAGCAAGAAAUGGAAGGAAAUAUAUCAUCAGGGAACAUGAUUCCUGGUAGUUCUUAUGGGGGUCUUGAUUUACAAGGUUCAAUGAGGGUUCAUCAUCAUCAACAGCAUCCUGUUGGGCUUCACCCUCAUCCCAGACAGGGAUCAAUGGUUCACUCGCAGAUUCCCGAGGGCUUCCCCCUCUCAAUUGGUAGCCAGAAUAUCUCUUUGAGUGAUUAUGGCAAAGGCGAGGGAGGCAAAUCUGUGAGUGAUGACGAGGAGCCUAGCUUUACCGAGGACAAUGAUCCGAAUAGGGGGAAGAAGACGCCCAUGUGGCACCGUGUGAAGUGGACCGAUCAAAUGGUGAGGUUACUUAUCACCGCCGUUUCCUACAUUGGCGAGGAGGCCUCUGCAGAGCACGGUGGGAGGAGGAAAUGCGCGAAUAUACACAAAAAGGGGAAAUGGAAAUCGGUGUCAAAGGUCAUGGCCGAAAGGGGCCAUUUCGUUUCCCCUCAACAAUGUGAGGAUAAAUUCAACGAUCUCAACAAGAGGUACAAGAGACUAAACGAGAUCCUCGGGAGAGGCACCUCUUGCGAAGUCGUUGAGAACCCGUCUCUUCUAGAUAUGAUGGAACACAUACCCGAGAAAGCAAAGGAGGAAGUCAAAAAGAUUCUAAGCUCUAAGCACCUUCACUACGAAGAGAUGUGUUCUUACCACAAUGGUAACCGUUUACACCUCCCUCCCGACCCCGACUUGCAACGUUCAUUGCGCUUGGCUCUUCGAACCCGAGAUGACACCGAUGACAACGACACCGUGAGAAGGCCUCCCCACGAUGACAAUGACGACGAUGAUCUAGAUGCUGAGUUAGACGAGCACGAUGAGUACGAGGAGAAUCAUAAUUUUCCCUAUGGGAUUCAAACCGGCCCUGCAAAGAAACCGAAACCAAACGCUUGCUUUGGAAGUCUAGACUGUAACAAAUCUUUGAGUUUUCGGCCACAAAAUGCAAAUGCAGAAGCGAACCUAAUGUCACCCGAUGAGUUGAAAGACAGCAAUUUGCAGAAGCGUUGGAUGGAUCAACGGUCUCUUCAGCUCGAAGAGCAGAAGCUGCAUAUCCAAGCACAGAUGUUGGAAUUGGAGAAAGAGCGGUUUAAGUGGCAAAGGUUUAGCCAGAAGAAGAACUUCGAGUUGGAAAUGAUGAGGAUGGAGAACGAGAGGAUGAAACUCGAGAAUGAACGAAUGGCGUUAGAGUUGAAGCAGAAGGAAAUGCUUGCAGACAAUAAUAGUUAAGGUCGCCCAAUUUCCUUUGAUUUUCUGGACGGGAAAAAUAUUUAGGAUCGUAUGCUUUUUAGGACUGUAGUAGCCGCAAAAACUGUCGUUUUAGCUGCUUUGCUUGUAAUAUUAAUGACUAGAGCUUUUGUA